GUCAAUGGAUUUCGAUCUUCAAACAACUGAGGUGGCGAAUCUCGGUCAACGCCAGCGCAAGGCGCCACAGGGCUUCUCUGCAGCCGCGUCUGAGAAGGCUUUCAUCAGGAAGCAAAUCGGGGACCGUGCAGCUGCGGGUGGUGAUGACACCAUGGCGAUCAAGCCAGAGCUGCCGCCAGAGUGCAAGCCACACAGCUUCGACAAGAUCUGCUUCAAGGACUAUAAAGCAAUGGAUGGCCCUUGGUUCGUUUGUGCGCAUCGCAAGUGA